CCCAUUUCUGCGAAAUCAACGAGAGACCCGGGGAAGGCUAGUAUCUGGGAGCUCCGGGCCACCGCUGCUGGUCAGGCUGCUCUCUCCGGAGAGGAGGGGGACGCAACUGGUACAUUUCUUUUUUCUUUUCUUUUCUUUUUUUCAUUUUGUCUGCCUGCCAAACCGCUCAACCUUCACCAGGAGACGACAUUUAGUCGGUACUGUCGGGAUGGAUGGACCAAGUGAGCAGGUUUCGCCGUGAGACUGGCGCUAAUUUGGAGCAGCAGCAGGUGUACUGAAGGAUAAAGCGGACUCAAGGCAAUCUCAGUGUUCAUGAAACUUUGCUACGAUUUACGUGCUGGGGUUGCCGUCCGCCAUGUUAAGGUAAAGCCCAGGUGUGCGGUGUUGACCAUGCUAAAGCGCCUGGACAAGAUCCGCUUCCGAGGCCCCAGGACGAGAGACGACUUCCCGGACCUGGCCGAGUCGCCACCUGCCUCCGACAACGAAUGUAGCGACGACAUGCAGCUGAAGCCACGAUCAGCUCUGCGGGACACAGAUGACGUCCUGCGAGACCCUGCUGGCUCGGGGUCUCCCACUAUGGCUGCAGCCAUUCAGGACUUCCAGAGGUCGGAGUCAGAUCGACUCAAUGAAGUUAAAGGUCACUUGGAAAUUGCCUUAUUGGAGAAACAUUUCCUACAGGAGGAGCUGAGGAAGUUGCGGGAAGAGACCAAUGUGGACUCCCUGCGGCAGGAAUUGGAGAGAGAGCGGAGUAAGAGGAUAGAUCUGGAGCAGAAGAUGAAUGAUGUGCUCAAAACCAGACUUGAGGAUUCUCCACCGCAACCUCCCCGAAAACAGCAGUCGCCCUCAAACAAUGGAACAGCGGAUAAACAGCAGAAGGAGGUGUGGAGUUCACGGCUGCAGAAGUGGCUGUAUGAGCGCUUCGGGGUUUACAUCGAAGACUUCCGCUUCCAGCCGGAGGAAAGCACCGUGGAGGCCGAGGAACCGUUAAGUGCUAAAAGGCUGACAGAAAACAUGAGGCGACUCAAGCGAGGAGCCAGACCUGUCACCAACUUCUUAAGGAACCUCUCCGCCUUAUCUAAUUGGCACUCCGUCUACACCUCAGCUAUUGCCUUCAUUAUUUACAUGAAUGCUGCUUGGCAUGGAUGGGCCAUUCCCAUGUUCCUCUUCCUGGCUAUCCUGCGCUUGUCCUUAAAUUACCUCAUCGCCAGAGGUUGGAGGAUCCAGUGGAGCAUUGUGCCUGAGGUCUCUGAACCCAUGGAGCCUCCAAAGGAAGACUUGACUGUAUCUGAGAAGUUCCAGCUUGUACUUGAUGUCGCACAAAAAGCACAGAACCUUUUUGGUAAGAUGGCAGAUGUUUUGGAGAAGAUAAAGAACUUGUUCAUGUGGGUGCAGCCAGAAAGUACCCGGAAACUUUACAUCUGCCUGUGGGUGGCUUUCAUUACCUCCUGCGUCCUGCCAUACAAACUAAUGGGUUUCAUGAUUGGCCUGUAUGCCGGUAUCAAGUUCUUCAUCAUAGACUUCCUGUUUAAGAGCUGUCCAAAGCUUCGGGACAAGUACGACACUCCCUACAUCGUGUGGAACAGCCUUCCUACCGACCCACAGCUCAAAGAGAGGACCAACGCUAACGUGUCGCGGCGGCUGUCUGCCAGUGAGAAGGUUCAGCCGGUGGUUUCUCGAAGUAGCCUCGCCACAGUCCCAUGUGGGGUGAGCAGAGAGGAGGAAACAGGUCGUUCUCACAGCACUAAGAAGGGAGCCUUUCAUGAGAUCUUCAACCUGCCGGAGUCGGAGCGCCCUCUGGCGGUGUGUGAAAACGGCUGGAGGUGUUGCUUAAUAAACAGAGACAGGAAGAUGCCCACAGACUACAUCAGGAACGGAGUGCUUUACGUCACAGAGAACUACUUGUGCUUUGAGAGCUCUAGCUCCAGAUCCAGCUCCUCCAAGAAGAAUAAAGUCAUCAAGCUGGUGGACAUCACCGACAUACAAAAGUACAAAGUGUUGUCAGUCCUACCAGGAAGUGGGAUGGGCAUCUCUAUAGCGACUCCUUCCACUCAGAAGCCACUGGUGUUUGGCGCCAUGAUCCACAGAGACGAGGCCUUCGAGGCCAUCUUCACCCAGUACAUGAAGAUCAUGACGACCACCAAACCACCGGCCAGCGCGGAGCUCUAAACGUCCUCCAUCCCAGCAACACACCUCCUCGCUGGGGCUGAAAUCUGAGGCCGACAUCCUGCUGAGCUUCAUCUGGACUGAAGACACUUUAACUCCACACUCUCCUGCUGAGCUUGAGCCUCCUCCUCACCUUCUGACGGGCUUCGGCUUCCUCGUCGACGGUCCGGCUCUGAUUGGCGGAUUUCCCCAGUUUGGGCUGCAGCGGAGGAGAUUCGUGGGUGCAUUUAGUCACACUCCUCGUGGGCGUCGGACAACAUUUUCUAACCGAGGAGCGAGGACCAGUGUGGUUUUUAUCAAUCAGCAGAAGGCUGGUGGAGGAGGCUGGUUCUCCUCCCGCCUCACUGACCAACUAACAAGCCGACUGCUUUCCUGACUUACUUGUUUCUGUGUUUGCAUGUGUGAGUGUGUGUGUUUAAGGUCUUGAACUGCGUCAAGUGGCUCUUUUUUUUUUUUUUUUUUUUUGCUUUGUGUAGUUUUUGGUUUUUCCUUUUUAUUCCUCAGUCAGUGGCAUGACGUCUGCUGUGGUCGGAAGAGUUUAAGAAGCGCUCCACCUGGAUGUAAAAAGAAUAUCAUUAAAAACAAAACAAAAAAAACUAGCAGGUUAAAAUUUAAAUUUUUUUUUUAACUGCCAGCCAUGUGUAGGAACAAACAUGUAAGUUUUAGCUUUAUGAUUCACAACAACCAUCGAAAUACUUAAAGUGGUCGACCGGUGCCCGACAACAGCUGUAGGAGUGUGUGAGUGGUCAUUGAGUGUUGUUGUUUUUCUUUUUAAAUGUGUAUUAUUAGCUGUGAAAACGUCAGAUGUGACCGACACAGAGUCUUUCUGUUAGUUUACAUUGCUGCUGUCUGGUUUGUUUUUUUGUUCCUACUCUUCUUUUGAGACGCAUUUCAGCAGCGACGGUCUCAAAAUAACAAACGGAAGAAACAUUCGCUGCUUCUGUGUUCGUGAAUCGUGCAGUGAACUAGAAAAAAAAUGCCUUCGUUUUUAUUAUUUUUUUUGUCUUUGUAACAAUCAGCCUUUUUUGGACGGUGGUAAAAACGAGAGCACAACGCUGACGGCUGCUUAAUAACAGCACAGCGAGAGAACAUAACUAUUUCAAGGCACAAUCUGUACAUACGUCGAGAGAUUUUUCAUUAUCCAAUCGCUGGUGUUCUCCCCGCACUUUACUAGAAGUGGAAUUGUUGACGUUUUGGAGGUAGUGAAUAGAUUUCAAACGCUACUUCAGCCGGUCAGUGUUGGCAACAGUUUCUCCCACUUCAACGGUGUUUCUCUUGUGACUACUCGAGACUUUCUGGUCUGAGUGCAGCACAAAUACAGGCUGAGCACGCCGAGUUCAAAGCAGACAACCUUCACACUGACCAUAAAGGAAGAAAAAGUAUUUUAAUAUAAAGUGAACCCACCGUUUGGCCCAUAGAAGCGCUUCAGACGUUUGAGAAUAUGAAUAUAAAAUCUGAUCAUCCAAGGCCAGAGCAGAAAUAAAACGAAUAUUCUAACUGGGUGAAAGGUCAGGUUGUUUGAGGUUACAUAAGCAGAAAUCUAGAUUCAGGAUUUACAAGCUGCCUAAUUAUUUGCUUCUUUCUGUAGCACCACGGCGCUUCCAGAUCAUCUAAAUGUACGCUUUUUUUUUUAGUAUAUCGAGUAAAUGGACAAAGGUCUACAAUAUUUCAGUGUCACUUUAUUUUAAGACGCCGCUCACCAGAACAAAGCUGGUCUUUGUUCUUAUGGAACGGCUCGAUGUGUAGAAAAUUAUAAUGCCAAACUACAUCAGACACUUUACCGUGUUUUUGUGAGAGGAAAGAAGACAGGAUGCAGGACCGGAAGGUCACGAUUUCUCUUUGGAUUUUUUUUUAGUCAGUAGAGUAGCUCCUAUCUACGGAACGCCCAGCAGCACAAGCUUUAGUUUCCUUGUAAAUCUUACAGAAACACUUAAAAAAAAAAAGGGGAAACCUUGACAUUUGACUUUGACCCUGGUCUGGUUUUACUCACCGACCACCUCAAGAAGGAUCAUUUCUGUUAACUGCCCUUAAAGUGUCAAGGCUUCUCUUCAAUCUAUACAAGUCCUCUUGUCAUCAAUAUGAAUCAGCUGGAUAUGAAGUUGCCAACGAUGCAACGGACCAGUUCAGACAUUCUGGUUAUUUUUAGUUGAAACUAAUUAAAGGAUGGAUAUUUUUCAUUCACAUCCAUUCAUAUGAUUUGAGGCUGUUGUGAACAGGCUGCCUUCCCAGACAUGGGUUUCUAUUUUUGCUGAGGAAUAACUUUGAUCCAUGAAUGGGGGAAAGACCUGUCGGAUACUUAGAUCAGGUGAAAUCAGUAAUUAAACGCUGUCUCACUGUGUGAUUGGAUGGCUCGUCGUAGUCUUAAAGCUUUUACCUGAAGCCUUUUUUUGUAAUCUGUUAACUGUGAGGAUCGACUGGAACACGGCCGUCGCUCAGAUAAAGCACAGAAUGUAUCACGUUCUAAAUGUCUAGGGUUGGUUUUUUUUCUCUUUUUUUUGCCAAAUCUUUUGAUUUUCUGUCUGCCAUAUUCUGCCUACGCUCAUGUUUACAGAAGGUUGUAAAAAAAUGUUUUGUUCCCUUUUUUUUUUAAGUACCAGUUUGAAUUCCUUUGAGUCUGGAGUUAUGAAGACUGGACUGCUGUUUCUGAAUUAAUGUCUCCGCUCUCAUUGGCUCUACGCUGCUCAUGUGACUCUUUCUGCUGACCAAUAGGAGAACCAUAGUGACAACAAGAGCAGUAUUUUAAACAGCAUGUAAACUGUCAUAUCCAAUAUUUUUGUUCUAUUUUAGUGGAAAUAAACACCAGAUUUACAUUCUUUAUGCAGAGCAGAGACGGUCAGCGUGGACUGAAAUGACAACAUCAGUGUUUUUGACAGUUCAGUGACAGGAUGCAACUUUUGGAAAAGAUGUAGAAAUAGAGCAAAAGUUUGAUUCCUGCAGUUUUAAAGUGAUGCACAUGGCUUGUAGAAACACUUCUUGCUUUCUUACUGAGAGUUAAAUGAGAAGAUUGAUGCCACUGUCCAUUUUAUGGUGACUAGAGCUGCACAAUAUUGGAGGAAAAAUGAUAUUUUUUUCUACAAAAUAAACAUUGUGAUUUGAAAAAAACAGUAAUUCCUAUCAGAUGACUUGAAUAUUACUAUUUUGAAAGAUUUAAUCACUCUAGAAUGAUGGGGUGAUUGUAUAGAGGAGCGCAUUUGCAUUGAAAAUAAAAACUAAAGCAAUUUUCAAUCUUUCUCAUCUGGUGUAAUUUAGCAAAAUUGUGUUUUACUUUGAAGGUUUGUGGUGGUGAUUUAAAUGUUCCAACAAGUUGUUGCUUUGUGUAGUUGCAAGAUACUUCAAUAGAGUCCCUGUUUUUGAUCAACAUUAUCCCUUCUGCUGCAGAAGUAAUUACAUGAAGCUGACUUUGCAUCUCAUUUUAGCAACCAGAUCUUCCUGUUAGCUUUAUUCCUUUGCUCAUUUUGCUGUGCACAUGUAAAUGUUUACCAACUCUCUCUUGCAAAUUAAGCUCAAAUUAGAGUCAAUUCUAUUCUAUGAGACACUUUUCUUGUAAAUAUGUCACGAAAAAUAAACUGCGUGAGGUUUGUUUUUGUAGCGCCAAAAAGAAAAGUUUUAGCAUGAUGCUUUAUUUCACAUCACACUUCCUGCAUUUGUAUAUUGCAGCGUCGAUGCUAAAACGAUGCAUUAUGCAGCCCUAAUUGUGACUUCUGUUGCCUUUAAACAGCCAGAUUAGCUGCUUCUGUUGUUUUCUGCUAUGCUACAAGCUAACAGGCUAGAAAUUAGGAAUCACUUCACUGGUUUAAAGACUUGCACUGACCAUCAUAUUGCAGUUUUUCUAAGCUAACUUGGCACCAAAAGUCCAGGCUGCAGCACCUGCUUUCAGUUAGAAAUUAAAACCCUGUAAAAUUAGCCACUCAGCUGCAUUCUUUAUGUGAUUAACUCGUGCAUAUAAUUAACCCAAACGACUCACAUGUGAUUUCUCAUGACCAUAACAACAACAACACAGAGCUUAAAUUCCCGCUAAGAGGUGAAACAUCUAGAAACUCGAUCUUUAUGUCUGUUUACAUCCCGACCUGGGUGGCUCUUGUACGUACAACAUGACCGUUUCAUUAAUCUUCUCAUCUGACUCUGGGCAAGAAAGCAAUUAAGUGCAUUUUCUGAAAAUGUUAAGUUAUUCUUUUGAAGUUUGGAAUGUUUAACUACACAUGCUGCGCGUUUUCUCAAACAGAACAGUGUGAGGCUUUCGCUGCUCUCAGAAAACAGUGGUGUUGUCUCAUCAAGGUCCCUCCAGCUGGUGUCCUUGCUGUCGUAUUAAGUGUGUACUUCCUCUUACUGUGCGUAGAAGUGGAUUUCUGAAAGCAUUUGUGCAGAACUUCACUGUACCGGAGCUCAUUUAGGACAAAAUCAAAAGGAAACAGCCUGAAUCUGACGUGACGACUGAAGUGAAUGAAACGGAUUCGGUUCCUGUUUUGUGGACCGUGACAGCUGUCAUAUUAUUUGGUCAGUUAAUUGCAAAUUAAAGCCUAAGUGUUACUGGGAAACACUGCAGUCACUACAGUGAGUAAUUAAUUUGUCAUCUGUGACAGUGGCUAUAAUGGCUUCCUCCUUUCUUUUUAUUUUUUUUUUCUUUUUGUCAAAGAGGAAUUUGUAUACAAAUUACUGUACAGUGAAGAAAAACAAACCGCUGAGUUUUUAAAAGACAUGUCUAUUGUAAAGGAUAAUGUGAUGUACAUUUUUUUAAUUUAAGUAAAUGAAUUUAAGGUA